AUGGCCGACAAAGAGACCACCCCCGCUGAGGACGCCGCCGCCCGCGCCCAGGAGGCCCAGGAGCAGGCUGCGCUGCCGUACAAGUGGACGCAGACCAUCGCCGACCUCAGCGUCACCUUUACCGUCCCCGGAAACCUCAAGUCGAGGGAUCUCGUCAUCGCCAUCAAGAAGCAGACCCUCUCUGCGGGUGUCAAGGGCCAGGAUCCCGUCAUCUCUGGCGACCUCCCCCACACCAUCCUCGUCGACGACUCUACGUGGACCCUGACCACCAACCCCGACAACACCAAGACGGUCGAGAUCCAACUCGACAAGGUCAACAAGAUGGAGUGGUGGGCGCACGUUGUUACCAGCGCCCCCAAGAUCGACGUCACCAAGAUCCAGCCCGAUUCCUCCAAGCUGUCCGACCUUGACGGCGAGACUCGCGGCAUGGUCGAGAAGAUGAUGUUCGACCAGCAGCAGAAGGAGCGCGGCCUGCCCACCUCAGACGAGCAGAGCCGUGCCGACAUCCUCAAGAAGUUCCAGGAUCAGCAUCCCGAGAUGGACUUUAGCAAGGCCAAGAUCAGCUAG